AUGAUCGUCGCGUUCGUCGGUCUUGGAAACAUGGGCGGCAAUAUGGCCGCCAAUUUGGUUACAGCAGGCUAUCACGUCGUUGGUUUUGAUCCAGCCCCCGCCGCUGUAUCAAUGGCCCGAUCAAGUGGUGUAGAACUCGCCUCAUCCGGUCCAGCCUGUGUGCGGGAAGCAAACGUUAUUUUCACUAUGCUACCAAGUGCUGAGUACGUUGAUAGUGUGUGGGCUGAGAUUAUACCCGAAGCCCAAAAAGGAGCUAUCAUUGUUGAUUGCUCCACAAUCGAUGUGACGUCUUCGCGAGCUUUGCACAAAAUGGCACAAUCUGCUGGUCUAGAAAGCGUUGAUGCGCCCGUUUCAGGUGGCAUGAGUGGAGCAAGAGCUGGUAAACUGACCUUCAUGGUAGGUGGGAAUGAAGCCGCUAUUGAGGAAAUUCGCCCAUUGCUCGAGGCUAUGGGUCAAAAGGUCGUACAUUGUGGUGGUGCCGGUGCCGGUCAGGCUGCGAAAAUAUGUAACAACAUGAUCCUGGGAGCAAACAUUGUUGCGGUUUCAGAAGCUUUUGCUUUAGCUGAGAAACUAAACUUAGCCCCGCAGUCAAUGUUCGACGUUGCCUCAACUUCCACAGGCCAAUGUUGGGCUUUGAACAACUACUGCCCUAUUCCUGGUCUCGUACCCACUGCUCCAUCUAAUAACGAUUAUAAACCCGGUGCUGCUGCAACUAUGCUUCUCAAAGAUUUGAAGCUUGCGCAGGACGCUGCAGCUGACGUGAGUGCAAAGAUACCACUCGCUUCUCAUGUGACCCAAAUCUAUGCUGAUUUUGUAGCAGAUGGUCAUGGGGAUAAAGACUUUUCCGCAAUUAUCCGAGCCCUACGCUAA